UUUUAUCAAGAACUGCUGAGCAGUAGAGCGGAGUUAUUUAAUAAGAGCAACAUAAAAGAAAGAAAAGAUUUUGUUCUGGGAAGUGUAAGGAGACAGAGUACUUGGCUCGUGCGUAAGAUGGAUACGUCUACGAACCUUUGAAGGACUGUUGUCACUGCUGUUCCAGGUGUUGCACCAGUAAAGAAGAGGACACCGAAUGCUGUUUAUAGAUAGCUCGUCACGAUUAAAAGCCCGACGCUGACACUUUUAUUAGGGUCGUUUUAACUGUCCACACCACCUCUUGCAACACAGGUCACUGCAUCCCUUUAGUCAAAGAUGACAGAGAGGACCCCAUGGUGGAAGGCAUUCCUGCCAAAGAAAAAGACCUCCAAGGAUCAAGCCUUUGAUGUGAACUUUGACCCUUGGGCAAAAGCCUCUCCUGCAGCCUCCAAGGCCUCCCAGCCGGUGUCCAACAACAGCUCCAGCCUGCUCAGCGAUGAAACCUUCGACGACUCCCAACUGGACUCGGUCUUCAAUGAGCAGACUUGUCGCAGGAACAUGAAUAUAUCGCGCUCAGGCCGAUUCAAAGAAAAGAAGAAGAUCCGUACAACUAUUCCAAUAGAGCAGAAAGAGAAAGAGAACGUGACGUCUGGGAGAGAGGACGCACGGUGACAGCAAGGAGUAAAAAGCCGGGCGAUCAAAGACUGCUUUACAGAGAUGCUUGAAGACGGAGGAGAAGGAGAAAUCAAGGUCUACGAAGAUGUUUCACUCUCAUGAAGCAUGCCAGGAAUUCUGCUGAUUUUUCUUUUUUUUUCUUUUUUUAUAUGUUGGUGAUAAUGAAGAUGAUGAGCAUUCAUGUUUUAGCCCAAUACUGGAAAAAAAGGAUGAUUUUAGACAUUUGUUGAUGCACUUUGCCAGAAAGCCAAAAAAAAAACCAGUGUCAGCAAUAUUACACUUAGAAAACCGGAGGUACAGCCUUGAAACAGUCAGCACUUAAGAGGCCAGUGUAAUUAUUAUCCUGUACUAUUGCUUUAAAAUGCACGAGCCUCGAAUGCCCUUUCUCCUUUCAGUGCUCCAUAUGUGUUUCAGGAAGGAAACAUAAAAUGUUUACAUUUUUUCUGUAAUAAGAUUAAUAGAAAAUAAUAUCUAAUAAUAUAAACCUAAUAAUGAAGGAUAUGUGUAACAAUAAUUUUACAGUGCUUUUUAUAAGGGCUAUAAGGGUGUUUAUGAAGGUGUAAAUGGUUCCUUUAUGUAUGUGUGUGUGUGAAGAAAACAGAGAGAGAGAAAAAUGGUUUGUUAGCAGCGCUAGGUCAGAUGCACAAAACUUGUCGGCAAAAUGCAUAAAAUACUUCAAUGAAGGAUUCAAAUUGACAUAUUGCACAAAGCCUUUAGCAAAGCCAUCACUGCUGAAAUCUCCAGGCAGAUGAGAUGAGGACAAGGAAGUGAUGUUAAUUUCUUUUUAAGACUUCUCUGCUCUUAGAAGGCCUUUGAAUAGUUUUAUAUGAAGGCAAAAUAUGAGAAAUAAAU